GACGCCGGGCCCUCCCGCCCUUCCCCAUGAAGCCCCGCCCCCUUCUGAGCCAGCUCCGCCCCGCUUCUCUCGGAGGGGUCUCCAGGAGGGUCCUUUCGCCCCUCCGGUGGCAUUAAACUGCAUUAAAUCCUCCCCACCUUCUCCUCCUUCCUGUUGGGGCCCGUCAGGGUGGUGCUUCCCCUUCGCCACCUUUUGUCCUCUCCCAUCGCUUGCUCUCUUAGCUCAGAUUGACUGGCUUCCUGGUAGUGGUUGUAGUAAAUACAUUUCGGCUUGCAUUUGGCUUCUAUCCAGCAGCGUGGUGUGGCACUUUUUUUUUUUUUUUUGGUCACUGGGUGUAACCACAACCCUUCUCCAUCUUCUUGUGGAUGCCUGUCUCUCUACCGCUACCAUCAUGGGCAAGGUACUGUCCAAGAUUUUUGGCAACAAGGAAAUGCGGAUCUUGAUGCUUGGCUUGGAUGCAGCAGGGAAGACCACCAUCUUGUACAAACUGAAGCUAGGCCAAGCGGUCACCACCAUCCCGACCGUGGGCUUCAACGUAGAAACGGUGACUUAUAAAAAUGUCAAGUUUAACGUGUGGGAUGUUGGGGGCCAAGAUAAAAUCCGGCCUUUGUGGCGGCACUAUUACACAGGCACCCAGGGCCUGAUAUUUGUGGUGGACUGCGCUGAUCGGGACCGCAUUGACGAGGCCCGUCAGGAAUUGCACCGUAUUAUCAAUGAUCGAGAGAUGCGGGAUGCUAUCAUCCUUAUCUUCGCCAACAAGCAGGACCUUCCUGAUGCCAUGAAGCCACAUGAGAUCCAAGAAAAACUGGGGCUGACCCGAAUCAGGGAUAGGAAUUGGUAUGCUGAUUCUCUAUGGUUGAAAAGAAUACUUUCUGCUUUCCCCUUUAAAUCAACAGUCUUGGAUGAAAAUCACAGAUGUUGAAAGAAAUAUGUGGCAAAUUGAUCAAAUAAUUUUUGCUACUGAACAAAAUGUACAAAAAUUUAUAAGUGUCCUUUUCCAAAGAAACAAAGUUAUGUCUUUUCUGUGGCUCAAAGUAGCCAUAAAAAUGGCUUUAGAUAUUUAUCUGCAGCUUGCAAGAUUAAAUGCAAUCUGCUAGAGUUCCACUCCUUUAAAAAAAUCAGUACAUGUGUUCAUGUGAUUUAUAAAGUACAACUAAAUACAUUUUUGAAUGGCGUUAACUAUGUUUGAUAAGUCUGUAGACUGUGAUCUCCCUGAAUAAAGUAAACAGGAUUUUUGUGUCUGCAAUAUGGUUGUAGUGUUGGUAAAAGAACUAAUAAGCAGAAAAUAAAACAAUUAUACA